UUAAAUACGUCACAAGACCUGUAGCAGAAAGGCACGCUAAAAUUGGUUGCGUUGAUAAAGCGUGAAAACUGUUCAUAUUUUAAUCGGUGUGUAGUUCCAACAGCAUUUGUGUUUUGUUUAUCUGUGUAAAAGUUUGUACAAUGUCGGGUAAUCGUUGGCUAGAUGAUGACGACAUCAAUCCUUCGUCCGGCGGGGUUAACAAAUGGGGCGGCAACGAUGGGUACGAAGAUUUUGACCCCAACAAAGAUUAUUUCACGCAAGUUGUUAAAAGGAAAGAAAACAAUAUUUUGGAAAGCACUCAGCGAUCAUUAAGAAUGUUGGACGAAUCCGAGAGAGUUGGCGUGGCAACAGGACAGGAACUUGUUCGGCAAGGAGAAGUCUUAAGGAGGACGGAGAAAACAGUUGAUAAAAUGGAGCAAGAUCUGAAGGAGAGUGAUCGCCAUUUACGCAGCAUAAAGAGCGUUUGGGGAGCUUUCAUGAACAAGUUUAGUAAAGAGCCGCCUGCCCCUAAGUCUAUGAAUGCAGGGACAGAAUUCGAUGCUGGUACCUCAAAUAAUUUGGAAAAUGUGAUGAGAAAAUGCGAAGACGUAGAGGAUGAGAGAAGACAGAAUGAGGAACAUCCCGUGAUAGCUCGGCAACAGAGAGCACAGCAGAUGUAUAUGGAUGGUGGAAGAGAUGAAAGUUCUUCUCAGAACAAAAUGAACCAAGUGGAAGAAAACCUUGACCUUAUGGGCCAAAGUUUGUCUCGUUUAAAACAACUUGGCUUGGGCAUGCAAAACGAGAUAGAAGCACAAGAUCCAAUCAUUGAAAGACUGCACGGCAAAGUUAAUAAAGUGGACGAUAAGAUUCAUUCUACCAAUAAAGAAAUGAUGAGACUUAACCAUAGAUAACAUGUUUUAUCUUUAAUCUUUUCUUUUUUUGUGUGGCUGUAUGCAAUGUAUACCGUCUUUUAUUUAGAUGUACUAACUAUUGCCGGAAUGAACAUUUAUUCUAUACUUGCUCUAAAAAACUGAAUAGACAAAUCCUAAACGCAGAUUAAACAUAAAUUAUAUUCUAUACCUUAACUUUAAAAAGUGAAAAGAUAAAAGACAAAUGUAUCAAUUUAAACCCUGCGUAACUAAAGUGUAUGAAGAUAUAUAACUUAUUCAUUUUGGCUGGGUCUCACUCAAUGUAUAAAAUAUUGGACACUUUAAAGGGCCAGAACAUUUUGUCAAGCAGUUACUGUUGUAAAUGUUUAGGCAAGUUUUGAACCAGAUUUUUAUCAUUGUACUUUCUUGUCUUUGUGCCUUCAUGUAAUAUCAUUGUCAUCAACAAGAGUUUAACAUUGCAGAAGCUACUUUGUUACCUAUAAUUUGCUAUUUAGAGCUUAUACAGUCGACAGACCUGUUAAUUCAAAUGAAAUGUUAAUGUAA